CAUCGAGCGAGUUCGAAGCUCACGGCCAGGGCUGUCCCCGAGUGGAGAAGCAGAACGGAAAGCGUCUUUUCGGAAGGCCGCCUCCCUCCCGGACCCGCGACUUGGUGAGGAGGGUGGAGAGACGCUGCUGGCGCUUCGAGCCUCCGGGCGCACGGGGGCGCUGUGUCCCGCCGCUGGGCCUCUGGGGAACUGGCGCGAACUGCGCAAGCGCGGUCCGGGAACGACGUGCACUGCGCAAGCGCAGUCGGGAAGCGGCGCGCAUCGCGCAAGCGCAGUCCGGGCCCCUGUCUGCCUUUCCCCACGUGUGUUCAAGUCCGCCGGCGAGCUGCUCCGGGGCCAUGCCGAAGAUCAAGCCGGCCCGCGGGGCCGACCGUGCGGAGAAACACGCGCCCCUGGCCGAGCAGAUCCUCGCGGGGGACGCCGUCCGCGCAGGGACGCGGGAGAAGCGGCGGGGUCGCGGCGGGGCCGGAGAGGAGGAGUACGUGGAGCCCAGGCUGAGCCGCAGGAUCCUGCAGCAGGCGCGGCGGCAGCAGGAGGAGCUCGAGGCCGAGCAUGGGGCCGGGGCCGGGGUCAAGGCCAAGGCCACGGCGCCCCGGGAGCGCACCACGCGGCUGGGUCCUGGGGUGCCUCAAGAUGGAUCUGAUGACGAGGAGUGGCCCACCUUGGAGAAGGCGGCCACGAUGACAGGACCAGGCCCCAAUGCAGAGGUGGUUGUGGACCCUGAGGAUGAGCGUGCCAUCGAGAUGUUCAUGAAGAAGGAUCCUCCUGCCCGGCGCACCCUGGCCGACAUCAUCAUGGAGAAGCUGACUGAGAAGCAGACAGAAGUGGAGACGGUCAUGUCUGAGGUGUCCGGUUUUCCUAUUACCCAGCUGGACCCCCGGGUGCUGGAGGUUUACAAAGGGGUUCGGGAGGUGUUGUCCAAAUACCGCAGCGGGAAGCUGCCCAAAGCGUUCAAGAUCAUCCCUGCACUCUCCAACUGGGAACAGAUUCUCUAUGUCACGGAUCCUGAGGCCUGGACUGCCGCGGCCAUGUACCAAGCCACAAGGAUUUUCGCCUCUAAUCUGAAGGAACGCAUGGCCCAGCGCUUCUAUAACCUCGUUCUGCUCCCCCGGGUCCGAGACGACAUCGCCGAGUACAAACGCCUCAACUUCCACCUCUACAUGGCACUCAAGAAGGCCCUGUUCAAGCCUGGAGCCUGGUUCAAAGGGAUCCUGAUCCCGCUGUGUGAGUCCGGCACCUGCACCCUCCGGGAAGCCAUCAUCGUGGGCAGCAUCAUCACCAAGUGCUCCAUCCCUGUGCUGCACUCCAGUGCGGCCAUGCUGAAGAUCGCCGAGAUGGAGUACAGCGGCGCCAACAGCAUCUUCCUGCGGCUGCUGCUGGACAAAAAGUACGCCCUUCCCUACCGUGUGCUCGACGCCCUGGUCUUCCACUUCCUGGGCUUCCGGACAGAGAAACGCCAGCUGCCCGUGCUCUGGCACCAAUGCCUCCUGACACUGGUGCAGCGCUACAAGGCGGACCUGUCCACAGAGCAGAAAGAAGCCCUUCUGGAGCUGCUUCGCCUGCAGCCCCAUGCACAGGUGUCCCCCGAAAUCAGGCGCGAGCUUCAGAAUGCUGUCCCCCGAGACGUGGAGGAUGGCUCCAUCACCAUGGACUAAUAAAAUAAGCACACGGGCGUGCA